AUGGACGACGACGUCCCCGCUGCUGUCAAGGCCGAGGAGGUGAAGACGGUGGAGGAUACGCUGGAAGAUACACCAGAGGAUGUCAGGGACGAGACUCCCGAAGUCGUCGAGGAGUCAAAGACUGAGUCGGAAGAUGUGAAGGAAGACGACAAGGAAGAAGACACAACGACAGCUGAGGCAACUGCAACAGACGCUGUUGUGGAGGCUGAUACUGAGGACACUCCUGAGAAGGAAGCCGAGACGACAGUUGAGGAGACGAAGUCUGCUGCAGACGAGGUCUCUGAAGAACCCGAAGCCAACGUGGAAGACACAGAACCUGCCUCGGAAGAAACACAUACCACUGAAGAGGAUAAGCCGGAAGCAACGACCGCGGAAGAAGGCGAAAACACGCCAGCAGAUGAGGAUUCGCCUGCGAAUACCGAAACCAAAGAUACACCUGAGGAAGAGCCUUCAAGUAUAGAGGCUGAAGAUAAGAAGGAAACCUCAGAAGAUACUCCCCAACCAGCGGCUGAGGAGCAGACUGAGCUUGAGGAGUUGGUGGCUGAAGUAGAGGCGGAGCUUGAGGCCGAGCCUGAAGCUGCCGUUGAGACUGAGGAAGCUGCUGAAGAAACAACACCUCCGGCAGAACCUGAGCUCCAGCCCGAGGAAGACAGCAAGGAAGAUACGGCCCCAACAGAGCCCGAGCUAGAGGCUACCGAGCCAGAAGCUAAGCCAGAGGUUCAGCUAGAGCCCGAACCCGAAGUAGAGGUCGAAGUCGAGGCCGAGAAAGAAUCUACACCCGCCCUAGAGACAGAGCCUGAAGACGAAGAAGUCGAGAGGGGAAGGUCACUCGGCCCUGCGGCUGAAAUCACAACUAUCGCCGACGAGGACCACGAUGAGCCCGCCGCUGUCCAAGAAGCCAGCCGCUCCUCUUCGUCCCUCCGCCGUGUCUCCGGUCGUACCGAUGCUCUCAUUCAGGCUGCCGCCAAGGAGGUCCUCGAGCGACUCGAGGCUCAAACCAUGGAGACUAUUAGGAACAGGUCACAUGCACGCCACGACUCCACAGGAUCUACAAAUAACGGCACAGAGCUACACUACGAUGUGAGCACUCGCCGCGAAUCCUACAACACCGACUCGCGUGCUAGCCGCCGUGAGUCGUACAACACGGAAUCGCGGGCAAGUCGUCGUGAGUCUUACAAUACACACUCACGAACCAGCCGCCGGGAAAGCGACGCCCACCGCCGACCCACGCAUAACGAGGACGGCGGCGACAGUUCCUCCCAGCACGGCGACUCGGACGUCUUCAGCGACCGCAGCCCGCGUAGCUCACUCGGCUCUUUUGAUGGCAACAUCGACCACCACAAGGACACCAGCAACCGCUCCUCCAAGAGAUUCUCCCACAUGUCCGAUGACGUCUCCGUGUCCGAGAUGUCCUACUACGACAAGGAAGAUUUCGUUCCAACCAUUCGCGGCGCGCCGAGGAUGCCCUUCCGUUCCCCCUCCGACGUUCGGGCUCUGCAAUAUUCAUCCCCCGCGCCCUCCGUGACCGGGGGCUCCUACUCGCCGCGCUCUGGCAAACGCUCCCAGGUGCCGACCAUCUCCCGCCUCGGCAGCCCCAACGUGUCCGCCCAAUACUCUGCCAAGGGCCGCAAGACGCCUACCCGCUUCAACCCCAAGAAGGAGCCCGCCCCGCUCGUCCUCUUACACGUCACUCUCCUGCCACUCCGCUGGCAGUGGGCUGAGAUUCUGGAGCAGACGUCCUCCGAGACCCUGUCCCCGGAAGCGAAGACGCUCCGCGAGGCGUGGCACCACCUCCACGACCGCGUCGCCGACACCGUCUGCGAGCGCGGCAUUCUGCUCUCCCACCCGCAAGACGAAUACGAGAUCCUCGAAGAGCGGCUGUUGGAAGCCCUCGACCUGCCCCUCCGCCGACGGGCCCGCGUUCUCGAGUGCGGGCACUACCUCGGCCCGUCCAACGAGAUGACGCUCGGCGAGGACAUGGACAGCGACGAGGACGAGUACGACGAAGAGUCGAGGCGCAAGAGCGCGCUGCCCAAGAUGCACUGGUGCCAGACGUGUCGCCACGAGAUCCGCUACGAGUCCCUCGGCCCCGGCAAGAUCUUCCGCAUCAAGGUGUACGCUAGCAACGGCCUUAUGAGGACCGGUGCGUGGGCUGCGUGCUGGAAGGAGAUGGAGCGCGUUGAUGUUGAAAUUGAGCCCAUUGUCGAGUCGGCUGUCCUGGAUGAGCUGGAGCGUCUUGUUGUUGCGCAGUCGCAGCAGAUGUCGCUUGUCAAGCACGAUCCUACGAUUCUUGAGUCUACUGAGGGGAGAGAUAUGCCUGAGGACCGCGGCAUGUCGGACUUUGACCGCGAUAUGCCCUCCAUGGAGGAACCUCUGCAUGAGACGUCGCAUAUUGAGGAGACUCAUCUCUUGGAGCCGAAGUACAUUGAGAGCGAGGCUCAUAUUCCGGUUUCAUCACCUCCCCCUGCUGCGGCAGAGGAUACCCGGCCCCCAUCUCCGGAGCCGAUGCCCCGCUACGAUCAAAGCGAGGAACGCCGUCUCCGCGACGAGGCGCGUAUGCGUGAGAUCUACGGACACCCUCCGGCUCCUGAAUCAGAGCACCACGAGCCAGCUCCCGAAUCUCGGCCGGCAUCGUCGCACCACGACGCCUACUCGGCUCGCUCCCCUCCUCCACCUCAACAGCAACCUGAGCCUGAACCUCAACAACCUCAUUACCACGAGCAACACCAGCACCACCAGUCCCCGCCCCCACCGGAGGAAUCCUACGCCCAGCACCACCAGCGCCAACAAGCGUUCCAAAACGCCGGGCUCGCGGAGCUGCUCCUCGAGGCGGCACGGGUGUUUAUGCAGGAUAAGAAGAACCUCGCCAUCGUGGUCAUGAGUUUGCUUGUGCUCUUCAUGGCCAUUCGUCCUGCGCCGAGGGAGGUGAAGGAUUGGGAUGGGCAGUUUGUCGAUCAUGCUGCCGCGCCUGUGGUUGAGGUUCCUGCUUCGCAAGCGCAGGCUCCGGUGAUGGAGAGCAUUGAGGCUGUUGUGGAGUCUGUGACGGCGUCAGAGGCUUCGGUGGCGCUUGAGGUUAUUCAGCCUACGCCUGAAGUUGAAGUUGCUGAGCCUAGUGUGGAGGUGUUCGUGUCUGAGUCUGUUGCGAGCGUUGAAGAGGUUGAGACUACGUCGACGUUGGCUACGGAGCAGACUUCUGUGACUGCUUCUCCUUCUUCUGAGGAGGAGGUGAGCGCUCCUUCGCCUACACCUGUUCAUGAGACUAUCACUACCAGAGAGUUGGUGCGUAUCAUUGAGACAGUGACGGAGACGGUCAAGGCUGUUGUUACGGAGACGGAGGUUGUCAGGGUUCAGCCUACGGCUAGUGUUGCGCCUGAGGUCGAUGGGACGGAAGAGGCAUCAGCUUUUGAGACUGUGUCGCCCGUCGAAGAGUUCACAGGAGAUGCUGAGGUUGAGGAAGAAGCGCCGGCCACUGAGUCGACGUUGCCCGUCGCAGAGGACGCAGAACAAGACGUCACGGAUGAGCAAGCAGAGGAUGUGAAUGACGAGACUGAGCAGAUGGAGGAAACGGAUGAGAAUGAACGGGACGAGCUGUGA